GUGGCAGCAUCAAGCUGUGGGGAUGCUUUUCAUCAGCAGGCACUGAUUAUACUGUUAAAGUUGAAGGAAAAGUGGAUGUAGCAAAAAAGCUUGGGAAGAUAUUCACCUUUCAAUAGAAAUAUGGCCAAAGCAAAACUGGAGUGGUUCAAGAAUAUAGGUGCUGGACAAAGGUGAAUUUCCUACAAUGCCGUGGUCAAAGCCCUGACCUCAAUAUGAUUUAUGUAAAUAUUUGAAAAUUGUGGUCCUCAUGGACUUUACAACUAACCUGACAUUUCUCAAGAGGAAUGUAUCAACAUUAUUCUGACAUUGUGUGCAAAUCUGAUAUAUAUAUAUGUAUACUUUACUUACCAAUAGCCUUAUAGCAGUUUGCACUUGUAAAAUGUUAUAUACUUUGUGUAUAUAUGCUGAUUAAUAUAUACAGACCACUAAAUAAAUACACAAAUAUAUUUGUAUGUAUGUGAGCUUAUGUGUGGGUAAGUUCAGAUCUGUGAAACACACCUCAUUUAGAGAGUGGUGUCCGGUUAUGAAGGGGAGGGAGCAGAGCAGGGGGUGUGUCUUAGGGAGUUUACAGAGACACCUAUAAGAGAGCAGUCUACAUCAUGUUGUCCCAUAGACCUUGAGUCAUUCUGGAUUGCUACAAUACAAAACAUAUUUUUAUCCCUGCUGCUCUGGUCUGAAGAAAAGUAGUUCAUAGCUCAGCUUCCAAAUCAGAUAAGGAUGAGGACGGCUUUUGCCCUGCUGUCUCUGCUCCCUCUCUGUGUCGCUCAGAAGUGGAACCAGCAGACAUCUGGGUGGGAAAAACAGAAAAGCCUGCACACCAAGAGCUGCUCCAACCUGACCCAGGUGCUGGACAACUGGAAGUUUGCUAUCAUGAACCAAGUGAAGGACCUGCUGGUUAACGACCACACCACCGUCCUGCCAGAAUAUGUCAGGAUCCAGCCCCUGUCUGAGGCCCUGGGAGACCUGUACAAGCAGUUCAACUCCCUGAAAGAAGAGUUGGGGAGGCUCAGCCAUAAGUUUGACAGGGUAGAAGGCUUUGUAGAUGACCUGCAGGAUGGAAAACCACCCCCACCCUGCUCCCAGGUGGGGACCCCACCUCGACAGCCUGUACGAAGAGUUGCUCCCCGGUAUCCACUAAGCACACACAUGAGAGCAGACAUGAGGACUCCUGACAGAAGAAAUGGAAUGGGUCCAGGACUGGAGGGGGUCACAAGGACUAGAGGAAGGAGGCUCCUUAAGACUAAGGACUGAUAUUGUCUAAAGUGGUGAUUGUACCGUUAUAUUGUAAAUACUGGAUGCAUUACACACUAGUAGGUUCUGAACCAUGUGACAUGUACUUCUGAAGGUAACGCAUGUGUUUUUGGAUGAUGUGGUAGGCCAGAGAACAUUAUUGUACCCAAAUGCCUUCUGAGUAAAGCACAACUACACGUAUCUAGUACCAAGAUCAACCAUGAACUGAUGAAUGUUGUUGUACCAAACACAGAGCUAGUGAUCGCUAUCAAUAACUCAACAUGAUUUGAUUUAUUAGAAAUUAAUGGGUGGUGUUGAUGAUGGAUAAAAUCAUUGUUUUCAUAAUUUCAUAUUAUAAAGAGUGCAUAUUUACACUGUAUUUAUGUUUACAAUAUCUGUUAAUAAUGCAAAUACAGUGUGUCAUGUUAAAAAAACCAGUUUGAGAUGAUGGGAGUUUUGUGACAUGGCGCGUUAGCCAGCUGUAAAUAGCCAUUAAAAGAUGGGUACAUUGUGGUCAUAAAGAGAUGGACAUGGUCAGCAACAAUACUCAGGUAGGCUGUGGUGAUUAAACAAGGCUCAGUUGGUAUUAAGGGCCCAAAGUCUGCCAAGAAAAUACCAGGCAGGAUGGAUCCAUGCUUUCAUAUGGUUUACACCAAAUUCUGACCAUAAUAUCAGAAUGUCUCAGCAGAAAUUAAGACUCAUUCAACCAGGCAACAUUUUUCCAAUCUUCUAUUGUCCAGUGUUGGUGGGCCUGUGCAAACUGUAGCCUCAGUUUCCUGUUCUUAGCUGACAGGAGUGGCACCCGGCUAGGUUUUCUGCUGCUGUAGCCCAUCUGCUUCAAGGUUGUACAUAAUGAAGUGUCCAGUGAGAGUAUACAGGUGCCAGGGACGGACUGGGACUAAAAAACAGCCCUGGACUUUGACUAGGCCCGGCCCAAAGCAACCUCUGUGCAUGUUGCUCCUUUCAUGUUCCUCAACUCUUUGACUAAUAUGGUUCCAGUCAAGGGACUGGUUUCAGUUGGUUGGGCAAAUACUAAAUACUAAACAUACUGCACAAUACAGGGUAUGGUUCUCUUCACAGUAUGUAAGCCAUUUUCUGCCUGUGCCAUCUUUGUAUUUAAACACUCUCUGUACUGUCAGGUAUUUUGUCUUCUUCUGAGGGUGGUAUGAAAAAAAAAACUCUAGGCUGUGACUGUCUGACUUGGGGCGCUUAAAGUAAUUUAAAGUUGAGAUGGUGUGGGUGUCUUUCUCUGCUCUUGGUCUAAGCUCAAGCUGAAUA